AUCGUUCAACAUCCAAUAUUGAGGUAGGGCCUCAUUUUCAACUUUUGCUUAGGCCCCAAAUUUGGUUGAGCCGGCCCUGAUUCCACUCAUCUUGUUACUGAAAGCUAGUCUAUCUUUUCUAAAUAUAUUAUUUUUGAAUUUCACACUAAUCUGUUGAAGAAGUUCUUGUAUAACAUUGAUUUAACUCGGGUCCAAUGACGGAGAAGUCGAAUGGGGUGGUGAUUCUCAUCACUCUAUUGAAUAUCUUGCUCUAUAAGCUCCAGAAACUCCAAGAAGCUCAACAAAAAAGGCGCUUACCGUUGUCUGUUCGACAAUUGUGUCGUCGUUUCUCAUUUGCAGACAUCAAGUCGGCAACAGAGAACUUUAAGGAAGAUUUGGUGAUUGGAAAAGGUGGAUUUGGAAUUGUGUAUAAAGGUUUUUUGGACUUCAAAGAGAGGAUUGUUGCUAUAAAGAGAUCGAAAGCCAUGUCAAAGCAAGGAUGCAAGGAGUUUCUUACAGAGAUUAAGAUGCUUUCACAGUUUCAACACAGUCAUUUAGUCUCUCUCAUUGGUUAUUGUGAUGACUUUGAGGAGAUGAUUCUAGUUUAUGAUUUUAUGCCUUCUGGGAGCCUUGCUGAUCAUCUGCAUAAAAGGACCAGAAAGGGCAAUUCUUCUUUGCCUUCUUUGUCGUGGGUGCAGCGCCUCAAGAUCUGCAUUGGGGCAGCCCAUGGACUAGACUACCUUCACACUGGUACAGGCAUAGAUGAUAGAGUUAUACACAGAGAUGUCAAGACUUCAAACAUUCUUCUGGAUGACAAUUUGGCAGCUAAAAUUUCAGACUUUGGAUUGUCCAGAACAGGUCCAGCAAAUCAGACUUGUACAUAUGUAAGCACUCGGGUCAAAGGGACACACGGUUAUCUAGAUCCUUACUAUGUUGCAACGCACAGACUAACUAGGAAAUCUGAUGUCUAUGCAUUUGGUGUAGUGUUAUUUGAGGUCUUGUGUGGAAGACCAGCAGUUGAUACAGGUCUGGACGAAGAGCAAAUUGGUUUAGCGGGAUGGGCACAACACUGCUUCAAAGAGGGACUCUUGGAACAAAUUAUUGAUCCCAGUAUUAAGGCGGACAUUUCUUCUGAUUCCCAAACCACAUUUGUUGACAUUGCUAUCAAGUGUUUACAUAAUCAACCCAAAUUGCGUCCAACUAUGGCUGAGGUUGUGGUUGGUCUUGAGUCUGCACUUGCAUUGCAAGAAAAGAGUACAUAUUAUAUCUUACAGGAGAUAAUGCCUCCUGAUUAUGCAACCCAAGAAGAUGAAGAUUCUUCGACACUUGAGGUUAAAAAUACUAAUCACAAGCGAGAACAUGAAUUUGCAGGAGGAGAAGUUGUAAAUGUUUCUAAAGAUUGGCAUCACGAUAAGCAGUCUUUUCCUAGAAUGAAAUUCACAAAAAGAUUAAGUGGUCUUCUUUCAGUUACAGCUCGGGUGUUCUCAGGGUAUGUGUCAGGCAAUAGACCUGCAAAGACAUCAAAAUACAGGACUGGCAUACUAUCAGUUGUAAGAAACAAAUUUCGGUCCGUCAAUACUAAGACCUUUGUGCCAGUAUAUCCAGCGAUGCCACCACCACCUCGGAGAGAGACACAAUUUCUGCAAUCACUAGAGUUGAAGUGUUUUACUUUCAAUGAUCUUGAGAAAGCUACUAGGGCUUUCCGUCCUGACAGUAUCUUAGGAGAAGGUGGGUUUGGUCGUGUUUAUAAGGGUUGGAUUGAUGAGAACACAUUUGCAGCUGCAAAUCCCGGUUCUGGUCUGGUCGUUGCAGUAAAGAGAUUAAAUUCAGAAGGACUUCAAGGUCACCGUGAGUGGUUGGCAGAAAUCAAUUAUCUAGGGUCACUUUGUCAUCCUAAUCUUACGAAACUGAUCGGGUACUGCGUAGAAGAUGACCACCGACUUAUAGUAUAUGAGUUCAUGCCUAAAGGCAGCUUGGAAAAUCAUCUAUUUAGAAGGGGUCCUCACAUACAACCGCUCUCUUGGAAUAUUCGUUUGAGGAUAGCUCUUGAUGCAGCAAAGGGACUUGCAUAUCUUCACAGUCCAGAAGCAAGAGUGAUAUAUCGUGAUUUCAAGACAUCUAAUAUAUUGCUUGAUUCUGAAUACAAUGCAAAGCUCUCAGAUUUCGGUUUGGCAAAAGACCAACCACAACAUGACACCCACGUGUCCACAAGAGUCAUGGGAACAUAUGGUUAUGCAGCUCCGGAAUAUGUGGCUACAGGUCAUCUAUCAACGAAAAGCGAUGUAUAUGGCUUUGGAGUCGUUCUCCUGGAAAUUUUGACAGGACGAAGAGUAAUAAACAAGAACCUUCCACAACCUCAACAUAACCUUGUUGAUUGGGCUAAGCCUUAUCUUACCAGCAAGGAUAAGGUUUUGCAUGUCAUGGAUGCGAAAAUUAAAGGCCAAUAUACUGUUAGUGCAGCUUUAGGUGUUUCUUCCCUCGCAUUUAAAUGCCUGUGUACAGAGCCUAGGUUCAGACCUGACGCAAACCAGGUGGUGAUAGCAUUAGAAGAGCAGAUUCUGAAUCUCAAACUUUCAAAGAGAAGGCCACGAAAAGGUUUAUAAGCAUGAGUACCGUUCUUUCAAGACUUUUAAAAGCAGCUCUUUGGCUCUAUAGGGAUUGGGGAGCAAAGGGAGAAAAGGAGAAACAGAAACUGUAUUGAAUUUUCAGAUGAAUACAUCUGAAUGUGAAGCUCUAUAUGUUACGUGUAAAAAUCUGUCAACCGAACACGAAAACAGAGCAAUAGACUACUUAAUUAUAGAGAUUCAUAGUGCAAGUAUAUGGACACUGUUCUUAGCUAAAGAUUGUGGCAGAAUAUCCGGAAAAUAAAAUUUUGAAAAAAUAUCUGGAAUUUUUUCAUUUAUA